UUUGAUAUUUUCCGAAAAAUGCAAAUCACGCUGAUUUCGGUAAGUAUUUAACCGGAUCCGUCUAGCUGCGGUCGAUUCCGGUAUAUUUAUGUUGGUGUCGGUAAUGGUUUCAACGUCUGGAUGAUAAGGAUUACUGAGUUGCCCACCUGACCUGAAAGAUGGCGGACCUCGAAGAAGCCACUGAAUUAUUGAAAAAAUGCGAUGUAAAUGAGGUGGCAAAGCUUACUCAUCUUGUGGCAGAAUGGUGGAUACAGAUGGCAGAGGAUACAGGCAAGGCAGUAUGGUGGAUACAGAAUGGUGGAUACAGAAUGGUGGAUACAGAAUGGUGGACACAGACGGAAGAGGAUGCAGGCAAGGCAGUAUGGUGAUCUGUUUGGCGGAGUGGGAAAGGGAAGUUCUGCCACUCUGUCCAUUAAAACCAGAUUUCUAUGGGCGGUUUUUAGAUGACGUUUUCAUAGUCUGGACCUACACACUAGACGAAUUUUGGACGUUUUUCAACAUUCUGAACAAUCAUCAUCCAUCUGUCAAAUUAACCGCAAAUGUAAGCCAUAACAGCAUAGAUUUCCUUGAUACUACCGUCUUUAAAAGUAACAACACCAAAAUCACCGGCCAAUUGGAAACUAAAGUAUUUUUCAAAGAAACCGACACACACCAAUUAUUGUUCAAAAGCUCCUUUCAUCCAAAACAUACAUUCUCUGGCAUCAUAAAAUCUCAGAUUCUCCGUUUUCAUAGGAUAUGUACUCAGAAGACCGACUUUGAGUCAGCAUGUACAUUGGUAUUUAGCAAACUAAGGGAAAGGGGAUACUCCAAACGCUAUCUACGACGUAUAAAAAACAACACUCUAGCUGAGCUUGCCGCCAAAGAAACAAAUAAUAUACAAUCAGCACAUAAAACCAAAAUUUGUGGCCAUCCAAGAUGUCAAACAUGCAAAAUCUUAAACAUAUCCGACCAUUUCCAUAACAAAACAUCUGGCACAAAAUUCCCAAUAUUAGACCAACUUUCAUGCAGUAGUUUAAACAUAAUUUAUCUAAUCUUAUGCAGAAAAUGUGACAAGCAAUACGUAGGGGAGACUCAAAAUGCACUUAGGGAAAGAAUUAACGGUCACCGGUCUGACAUAGUCACCAAAAAAGACAAACCUGUCUCAAUUCAUUUCAACCAACCAAAUCAUGACAUUUCUGAUCUCAUUGUCACGCCAAAAGAAAAGACCAAAAGCGACUUUGAAACUUCAGAAGAAAUUAAAACGUUUAGGCUAACAAGAGAAAAAUUCUGGAUUGACAAAUUGAAAACAACAGCCCCCCUAGGUUUGAAUAUUCAUACGGCUAGCGCAAUAGCUCCUUUUGUAGUUCCAUUUAGCGCAACAGCAGCAAGUGCGUCCAAAAUCAUCAGAAAACACUAUACGGAUCUCCAAGAAAAUCACCCGAAAAUAUUCACACAGAAACUUAUAAUUGCAUAUUCUAAAAAUAAAAAUCUGAACGACAUCCUAGUGCACAGUAAAUUAGAUUAAAUAAGACCAGUCUCCACCCUGACCCAAAACAAACCAUAUAUCAAAUCCUAUGCCUAACCGUUAGUAAUUAAAAUCAAUUAGAUAUAAGAAUCCCUAGCCGUAACCCGGUGAUGUGGAACAAACACGAUUUUUUUAGAAAAUCCAAUCCGUUGUAGGAAACACACUAAUGUGGCUCUCUCCCGAGAGCCUCAAAUUUAUUUUCUUUUUUCUUCAGAAACAAUAAUACCAGAAUACCAGAAGCACCACCCAAGGAAGACCAUCAGCGCCACCAACACCAAUAAACAGUGAAAUCGCCUUUGUAUAUAAAUGUAAUGUAUUGUGCCAGGGUAAUGUUUCAUAGAGUGGAAUGAUUGACCUCAACACAAGUAUUAAAAAAAGAAGCAAAACAGGUCUACAUCUCAAAACCUGAUUUCUUCCUGGACUGGCUUUAGUAGAACGAUGAUGCAUAUCAAUUUCAUCCCUGAUCUCUAUGACACCUGUGGUGGAAGUGGAGGGCAAAUCGUAAUCAAUUCGGGUUCCAGCCCCGAGGACCUCUGUAAACUUUGCUUUUUGGUGAUGACUUCAUUUCCAAGCUUGAAAAGGACGCCCUUGUGUUUAUCAUGGCCUCUCAUAUUGGAAGAUAACAUAAAUGGCUUGUGUGUUGAUCGACGGUUGUGCAUAUCUCUUGGUCAGGAAAGUUGUAGGCACCAUCGCCAUUGUAAAUCAUUUGACAGGCCAGAGUGAACAGGGAGACCUAUGAUUGGUCAGCAAUGUAUCAGAUUCCAUACUAGGGGGUGGGGAUGAAAAAACUGAUGUAGUGUUACAUAAUCAGAUUAUUUCAACUUACUUAUCCUGUGGAAAUACAGCUAUAUAGGAGAUAUUUUGAAAUUUAUAAGCGCUGCAUGUUUCAACAUUUUAGAUUUGACCACAAUUUGGCACUUGAAACUAGGUUAACAGAGAAAAACUGUGUGGUUUUCGAUGAAAGUGUUAAGUCUAAUAUUGCAUCAUGAUUACUGUUUUAAAGUAUUUUCGUGUUUGAUUUAUAUUGAAUUCAUCUCAUCUUUUUAAAGAAUGCAUUUAUGUUCAAAAAUAAAAAUGUUCUGUGGAAUUCAAAAUUCAUGUGCUUUUAAAUUAUCGGAUUCCAAACUGGGGGGUGGGGAUGAAAAAGCUGUUGUAGUGUUACAUAAUCAGAUUAUUUCAACUUACUUAUCCUAUGGAAAUACAGCUAUAUAGGAGAUAUUUUAAAAUUGAUAGGCACUGCAUGUUUCAACAUCUUAGAUUUGACCACAAUUUGGCACUUGAAACUAUGUUAACAGAGAAAAACUGUGUGGUUUUCGAUGAAAGUGUUAAAAGUCUAAUAAUGCAUCAUGAUUACUGUUUUAAAGUAUUUUCGUGUUUGAUUUAUAUUGAAUUUAUCUCAUCUUUUUACAGAAUGCAUUUAUGUUCAAAAAUAAAAAUGUUCUGUUUAAUUCAAAAUUCAUGUGCUUUUAAAUUUCUGUCUGAAAUUCCGCAGUUUUCUGAUGUAUUAUAGUGUUUGCAGAAUGCCGCACAGCUCAUCUGAAAAUGCAUAGAUUUUCAUAUUGUUUGGCCAGGGAAUUGCAUAUAUGUUUGUUUAUUAGAUAACAACAGAUUUGUUUAAACUGCAGAAACAUGUGAGGUAUAUAGGACUAAGACUAGUAAUUAUAUGAAUGUAGUGCGAGUUAUAAAUAGACAAUUUUUCCCUUAAUUUUUUUCUCCCCUCUUCCUGCAUUUUUUUGUUGACUUUUUGGUCUAGAAUUGGAGAAAAGGGAUCAAAUUUGCAAUUUCAUAGCGGUUUUGGGUAAUACUGAUGAUAUUACAGCUGAGUGAUAGGGGGUGUAAAGUCUCUUUCUGCAGAGCAAUCAUUGUGUCGGAAGUGAGAUUUUCACCCCAGUCAACCUCAAAUCUGCGUAGCAAAAAAUCUAAAUGGUCAACCCCCUACAAAAUUAUGAUGAGGAGAUUGCCAAAUGUUGUCCCCAUUGUGCCUAUAAAGAUUGGAACCAACGGAAUGUUGAGCAAAAAGCUACAGCCUGUGAUGUUACAGCCAUUUAACAUUGAAGUCAAUGGGCAAAUAAUUGCUAGUCUGAGACCAUAUCGGAUCGUAACUUACUGAAUUAUGGCCCUUGAUUGUAUGAAAAAUCACUUUUUUUUUGAGCUUGUUCUCUGUCCAUCUCUUGCAAAAUGUGGGCGUAUCUUGCAAGGCAACCGCUUGUUUUAAAAUAUUGUUGAAUGUGGGCCAACAAAUAAUUCAUCAGUCGAAAUAGAUUAUAUUAUUUCUUAGUCAAUUAUAUACUUUAAUCCAUUCACUUUAUUUGAAUUGUUCGUUUGUUUGUGAUUUCUGCGUAUUCUGUCUUAUCCAUAUAUUUGUUUUUGUGUAAAUUAUUUGUGGUGCAGCCCCCUGCACUUACUAUUAUAGAUUAGAGGUUUUGAUUUAUAUUCGUAUUCCAAUAUAUCUGAUGUUAAAUUAGACAAAUUAUUAUCUUGUUAUUGCCAAAAUAGUAUUUUUAUACGCCCACAUUUUCAUGUGGACGUAUUAUGCCGUCGCCUCUGUCCGUCCGGACGUCCGUCCGUCCGUCCACAAUUGUUUGUGGACUCUCUACAGGUCACAAUUCUUAUCCGAUUUCGACGAAACUUGAAAUAUAGGUGUAUCCCCAAAAGAUCUCGGCUGCUUUCGAUAUUGGCAUGUAUCGGAUCGAAACUUCAUGGAUUAUGGUCCCUGUUUGUACGAAAAAUCACGUUUUUAGCUUGUGGACCCUAUAGAGGUCACAAUUUUGAUCCGAUUUUGUUGAAACUUGAAAUGUAAGUUUAUAACCCAAAGAUCUCGAUUCCUUUCGAUAUUCGUGCAUAUCGGACCGUAACUUCCUGAAUUAUGGCCCCUGAUUGUACGAAAAAUCACGUUUUUAGCUUGUGGACCCUAUAGAGGUCACAAUUUUGAUCCGAUUUUGUUGAAACUUGAAAUGUAAGUUUAUAACCCAAAGAUCUCGAUUCCUUUCGAUAUUCGUGCAUAUCGGACCGUAACUUCCUGAAUUAUGGCCCCUGAUUGUACGAAAAAUCACGUUUUUAGCUUGUGGACCCUAUAGAGGUCACAAUUUUGAUCCGAUUUUGUUGAAACUUGAAAUGUAAGUUUAUAACCCAAAGAUCUCGGUUCCUUUCGAUAUUCGUGCAUAUCGGACCGUAACUUCCUGAAUUAUGGCCCCUGAUUGUACGAAAAAUCACGUUUUUAGCUUGUGGACCCUAUAGAAGUCAUAAUUUUUACCCGAUUUAAAAAAAACGUAUUAUUAUAUCACCGUUACACCCUAGGGACGACUGAAUUCGAAUUUCGUGAAAAUCGGCCCAAAAUUGACAGACAAAAUGGCCGCCGUUCGUUCUCAAAUAGCGUAAGAAAAUGGUACAUCAAGGUUGUGGACCCUAUAGAGGUCACAAUUUUUAUCCGAUUUUGUUGAAACUUGAAAUGUAAGUUUAUAACCCAAAGAUCUCGGUUCCUUUCGAUAUUCGCGCAUAUCGGACCGUAAUUUCCUGAAUUAUGGCCCCUGAUUGUACGACAAAUCGCGGUUUUAGCUUGUGGACCCUAUAGAGGUCAUAAUUUUUAUCCGAUUUAAAAAACCGUAUUAUUAUAUCACCGUUACACCCUAGGGACGACUGAGUUUGAAUUUCGUGAAAAUCGGCCCAAAAUUGACAGACAAAUUGGCUGCCGUUCAUUCAGUUCCUUUCGAUAUUUGCGCAUAUCGAAUUGUAAUUUCCUGAAUUAUGGCCCUUGAUUGUAGGAAAAAUCACUUUCUUGUUAGCUUGUUCUCUAUCCAUCUCUCGAAAAUGUGGGCAUAUCCUGCCUGGCAGCCGCUGGUUUAAAAAUAAAGUUGUAGGACAGUUUUAUUAUUGACUAUUUAUAUUAUAUGCAUGAUUAUGUAUUUUACAAUGUAAGGUCAAUAGUGAGUAAACACUUCCAGUUGGUCAGAGCACAUGGGAAAAUCCUACCUCCCCCUUUCUAGAUGGGAGUUAGGGUUAGGUAGCGGACCACUCAUGUCUACAUCUUUGUUUCAAAUAAGUAUAUACUAUAAUAUGAUGAUACCAGUCUCUAAGAGAUUGCCAGAAAAGCCUAGAAAGAUUGAUAUAAAUAUUUACAUGUUAUAUUAUUGUCAGUGUGUUAGGGUAACUUAAUACUUUAUAAGGACAUAGAACGAGGUCAAAAUUCAAAUAAUCCAUCUGUUGAAUAGAUUAUAUUAUUUCUUACUCAAUUAUGUACUUAUAGAUAAGAGAUUAUGAUUUGCAUUUCCCUAAUUGUUAUACAUUAUUUAGUUUUUAUUAUACGCCUAUAUUAAACAUUAAUUAGAUAUUUUUAUAUGCCCAUAUUUCAUGUUACAGAACAAAAUUCUAAAUUAUCCAUUUUCCUAAACUUGGAACAUAAACCGUUAUGGGAAUUUGAAUGGGAUCAAGAUUGUUUCGAAAUUUUCGACAUACAAUCAUGGUGUGAUAUGGGGGGAGGGAAGGUGUAUUAUGUCUGUCUGUCCGUUAUGCUAUAGGUCCAAAAUUUAAAUUUUCCCUUUUCCCUAAACUUUAAUGGGGCCAGUUCAUUUCGAAAUUUUAGACAUACAAAUAAAAUAAGGGGGAGGUGGUGGGGUCGAGAUUUUUUCACGCAACCACAUUUUUUAUUUCUUCCAUACCUAUACCCACAUAUUUUAAAAUAUUGUUUAAUGUGGGCCAACUGAUAAUUCAUCAGUCCAAAUAAAUUAUGUCAUUUCUGAAUCAACUAUAUACUUUUGUUUAUAAGAUUUUUACCUGUCACCAGAUAUUGUUUAAUAUGGGCCAACGUAUGCCAGUUAUAAACUUAUACAUGUAGUUAAUAAAUCAUUUACAAAUAAAA